GCUAAGGGUUAUAACAUGCUGUAACAGGACUGCCUCUCCCACUAUGAGUUUUUUAAUUCUCCGGGCUACAGUUUACAGAGCCGAACGCUGCUUUUAGUCGUAAUGUUGUAGGAACACGACCUGUGUUUUUCAUUUAAGGCUUGUUUUUUUACUACAAAAACUGCUAAAAAUGCUGGACACAUCACGUAUUCUGCAGAAAGGUCCUGAGUACCUGAGGAAGCAGAUGGAGCGGGAGCGAGAGGCCACAGGCCGCAGCGCCGCCGAGCGGUUAGCUGCGACCAAACCUGAGUACAUCCGGAACCAACGGCUGUUAACCUCAGAGACAGUUACCAACCAAGGAUCCCCUGAGAGGAGCCAACAGGCUCCCAACAGCCUACCUAACAUUACCGGAGAAGACCCACCACAAGAGGUGAAUGUUGUGAAGAGAAACAGCAGCAAGAAACGGCCUGACUCGCUUUUACUGUACCGACACAAGGGGGAGCUCCAGAGAGGCUCGCAGGGUGGCAACGGUAAGAAACUAACCAAACAGCCGUUGCUGGCCUCACUUGAAGACAAAACAAGUCAGCAAGAGUUUGAGAAGUCUGACUCUGAGGCUGAUAAUGGCCAAAUGCUAACCAAGGAGGCUGAAGGCAGCGAGAGUAAUCACCAGAAUGUUGCUAGGAAACUGACAGCAGCAGUUACAAGCAAUAGAGAGGAUGUUACUAGGAAACCAACUACAGCGGUUACAACCAACAGAGAGGACGUUGCUAGGAAAAUAACAGCAACAGUUACAAGCAACAGAGAGGACGUUGCUAGGAAACCAACAGCAACAGUUGAGGUAAAGGAUGCUGUUUGGAAACCAAGAACAGUGGAUACAAGCGAUCAGGAAGACUGCAAACCAGCUACAGUAGUGAGAAGCGAGCGAUCCAGCCGCAGAAGCAGGGUGUCACGCUCGCACUCUGACAUCAGCUCACGCUACUCUAGAAACUUCGCCAACUUUGAUGCCUUUUUCAUGUACUGCGGGCUCGACGAUGACAUCAUUGAGUUGAUGGGGCGGGACAAUUUCUGCUCAGGCUCAGAAGGAAUGGAGGAGGAGUUUAUCAGCUCCGGAAUAGUCAGGAGUGUGAGUGUGGUCGCCUCGGACGAUGGCUUUUCGCAGGCCAGCAGUAACCGUAGUGAUGGGCUUCAAGAGGACGAGCUACCAGACAAGAAAACUGGACAAGGCCCAUCGGUCAUAGAGCGCAAUGCUCGGGUUAUUAAGUGGCUAUACAGCUGCAGAAAUGCUACUCAGUCAGGGAAAAUGCUGCGGGAUCUGGAUUAAUUACUCUUGCUCAAAAAUAUGCAUUAUAGCUUCUUCUGUUUGGCCUAUGCUAGAAUGUCUAUGAUUACUUGCCUUAAUAUCUACCUGUUUAUUAGUUAUUCUUAAUAACUUAUAAGUUACUUUAGAUUUACUGGAGCUUUUUUUUUUCAUUCUUGCAGAAAAUCUUUCAUGUCACAUGUUAAAAAAAGCUUAACUAGCAGAGGAGCUAACUGCUCAUUUGUGGAACGCCGCCAUAUUAGAAAGAGGUCAGAUCGCCCCCUGUUGUUUGCAUUCAUUUCUUUGACACGUUUAACAUUCUUUCUUCUCUUUAUACCCUCAAUGUCAUUCAGUAGAAAGUGCCGUCUAUUUAUGACAUCAUUGCCAAACUUUAGAAAGUGUCAUUCUCAAUGACAUCAUUGCCAUUCUAAGGAAAAUGUCUUUUCUCUGUGACAUCAUUGCAGCUCUGCAGAAAAUGUGUUCUCUCAAUAACAUCACUGCCAUUCAACAGAAGGUAUCUUCUAACUGUGGCAUAAUUACCAUUCAGUAGAAACUGUUUUCUUUCUAUGACAUCAUCACCACUCUAUAGACAGUGUUCUAUCUAUGACAUCAUUUAUGUUCUAUAGAAUUUAUUUCUCUCCAAAAAUGUCAAUAUUGUGAAACCAAAGGCAGUUCAAAAUCCUGUGAAUGCAACCGGCAGAGAUCUGCACAUUUCCUCCCCAUAGCUGAGACAUGGCUAACAAAAGGUGGACAGUAUAUCAUACAUUUCAACAUUUAAAACCGCUAAAAUGCAGAAUGCACUAAACAUGCAUUUUUGUUAACAUACAUUUGUCUACCUACAGUAUGUUUGAGUUGGUGAUUUCCCCUUCUUGAAUUAAUUGUUGUCUGUUGGUUUGAUUUGCCAUGUGUUCUGGGACACACUAAGUCAGUGAUGCAUGUUCAUCCAAUAUAUUUUGAGAUACACUGGCGAAUGUCUUCAAUGGAUGAAUGUUUGAGUGUCCAUAUGAUAAUACAUACUCUAACACAUUAAAAUAGUUUAAAAUAUUAUCUAAAAGUUACAAGGGGUUGAUAUGAGACAUACCCAGAAAAUGUUACUCUGAUAUACCUCAGGUCAACUCCUGGAUACUCACUGCACUACACAGUUUCAGGUAUUCUGGUCCAGGCCAUUAGCUCAUUUGAGAACUGACCACUCCAAAAACAUUUGUUUCUUGGUUACUGUUACCACUCGGCCAAGCUUGCAGGCCCAUUGCAACCCACUGUGAAAGAGAAGCUCCCAGAUGAACUCACAGGAGUAUUUCUGAUUUGUCUACAAUGAUUUGUCAAUACUACAUCUUGGAUGGACAUCUAAAGGUACCCACUUACGUUUAUUUGACUGCAUGUAAAUAUCAUGUAUCUAUUCACAUUAAUAUGAUGAACCAAGUGAUAAAAGCUAACUUUGUACCACGUGGUUUGCUCAGUUUACAAACUGCCCUCAGAUUUGUGUUCAGGAAAGCUCAGAGAACUUGUGGACCAAAAUAUGGACACUGGACAUGGACAUUAAUGGGUUAAGAGCAAAUGAAUGAAAUGCCUUUAAUUUAUAAGUCACUCUAAGAUCUAUCAGUACAGUAACUAGUGUUUUUAUUUACAAUGUUUCAUAUUUCUCAGUAUUAUUUAGUUUUUAAGGGCCUUUUUAAAGACAUUCAUGUGUCUAAAUAUGUCAAAAUGAAGUCCAUUUCUCAUUUUUAUGAUAGCUGUAGCACAGAGCUGGAUAACUAACAAACUGAGGCCCACUAGACAGUAAUAUUUGUCUGCCACCUGUGGAACACAGGGGGUCAUACCAGCCUACCUCUGGGUUAUGGAAAAAUAUGGCCCAGAACAAUCAGUGUUUGCUUUCUUAUUGCGUAAUAACUGACAAGGAAGAGACGGACUAGCCCAUAUUUGUUCACACCCACGUGGUUCUACAUAGUCAGUCACUAGGCUUAGUUGGUAUGCAUUGAUAAAACUGGCAAUGUACUGUUUGGUUAGGUAAAUACAAACUUAGCAAAUAAUUUGCUGCUGUUCGUCUUGAACUAUGGAAUACUGUGGAAUACACUUAUCACUGAGGUUCAUAAAGUGGCAAAAAUAAAUGCUGUGGUUAAAUGUAUUAAAUGUACUGAUGAUAUUUUGCCAUAAAAAACCUGUAAAAGGUUGUGUUAAUCAUUUUUGUAAAAAAAAAAACAACUGACUGUUGAAUUGAAGAUCCAUGUAUAUUGGAGUAUAUGUCAUUUCAAGGGCCUGUAUAAUGGAAAACUGCAUUUGCCUCACAUAUUUUUAAAUAAAAGGGUAUGUAAAUGUAA